UCGUACUCAUCAGUCGCGGACACGACGAACACAACGAGUCCGGCAAACUCGCGCAGCAUCAUGAAUACGAAGCUGAUCCUUCUGUUCGGCCUGGUGGCACUCGCCUUCGCGGAGGAUGCGAAGAACAGCGAUGUGAAGACAGACGCGAAGAAAGAGAAGCGAGGCCUCUACAGCGCGUUGGGCUACGGCGGCUACGGCGGUUACGGCGGCUACAGCGGCUACAGUGGAUUGGGUCUCGGUGGAUUGGGUCUCAGCACCUACUCGUCGCUUCCGAUCGGCGUUAGCCACGGCGUCUCCACCGUCCUGACGAAGGAAGUGGCCGUACCCGUGCCGCAACCGGUCGCCGUGCCCGUCGAGAAACACGUCCCGGUGCCCGUUAAGGUGCCGUACGCCGUGCCGGUCGACCGUCCUUACCCGGUGCAAGUGCCGAAGCCCUACCCAGUGGAAGUGACGAAGCACGUCCCGGUACCGGUAGACCGCCCGGUGCCCGUGCCAUACAGCGUGCCCGUCAAGGUCCCGGUUCCAGCGCCGUACGCCGUCAAAGUGCCGCAGCCGUACGCCGUGCCCGUGGUGAAGCACGUGCCGGUGCCGGUCGCGCAGCCGCUCGUCGUCGAGAAGGUGCACUCCGGCCUCGGUUACAACGGUCUUUACGGCGGAUACAGCGGCUACAGCGGCUACGGCGGUUACAGCGGCUACGGCAGCUACGGCGGCUACUCCGGCUGGUAAUUCCAGGAGCGACGCGAAUCGCGGAUCCUGAGCGACGCUCAUCCCCGACGACCUCACCGUCGCCGCGAGAUGCCAAGCCGCGUUCCUCUUCCCCAUGGGAAGGGAUCCUUCUCGAGGGAGGAGAGUGCCCGGAGGAGGAUCGCGGAAAACCGACCGACCGACGACUAGCGCCCGGGUGUUGUCGAGUGCUUCCGUUCUCGCGAUCAUUCACGGACGAUCUCCCGCGGCUUUCGACGAUUCUCUAUCGACGAAUCCGCGUUUCUCCCCGUCUACUUCUUCUUCCUAUUCCCCCUCCUCCUCCUCUCGUUCCCCGGGCCGGUUUCCUCUCGUCGGCUCUUCGUCCCGCGACCGGUGAAGUGUCACGAGCAGGAGGAGAGCGUCCUCCGGCCACCGCGCGAAAAGACGUUACCACGAAUCACGAUCGGGUGCUUCCGAUCGUCACCUGUGACUACCUUUAGCUCCGCGUAUGUUUCCACCUGUAAUCUCACUGUACCGAUUGUUCAUCAUCGAAAUAAAGUUUUUCGUACGGAA